AUGGUCCAACCCCAUCGCCCAGACCCUAUCAAACUACCUCUCGAUAUUCACGUGCGUGUCGCCCAACUCCUCAAUGCGAGGGGCGCGCGGGGCACCCUCGCUUCAUUGUCACGCGCCUCACGUGCGGCAUACGACGCCGCGGCCCCGUUUCUCUACUCCGAGAUCAAACUCGGGCCCCACGCAACGGGGUUGCUCAGUGCUCUCGACCCCGGCGAUGUGGAGGGCUUUACGGGGUUCGAUGACGAGGGGAAGACGCCGGGCUGGACCGCGUCCAGGGCUACAAUCCGCCGCCUGGCGGCGUGGAGCCAUGUGCGGCGCCUCAAGGUGCCUGCCCUCCCUCGUGACCAUCAGAGCCAGACCUUGGCCAAGAUAGCGACUUCACUUCCUCCCGGCGUACUUAUGCCCCGCCUUCAGGCUGUAUGUUUCGGGCCCGUCGCUACCGACCAGCUACGUAUCUGGACGCCGGACUAUGGUAUCGGGCCCUAUGUCCCACCCCUUAUUGAGGCGCUGGCGGCGCAGCGCGCCACCCACCUCUGCGUCGCGUUUAGGCACGUUGUAGCGGAUAAAUGGAACGACUACCGCGAGGCCUCGACCUUGGGCCAGUAUGCUCUCGCACGGCGCCUCGAGGCACUUGUGGCAGCAUGGGACAUCGAGGAUGUCACUUUCCACGACGUCGUUCACCAGGUCCUCCCGUCUCUCCCCACAACCAAUAUCUACGAGUUUGCCCCGCACGCGAUUCCACACCCCAUCUACCGGGACGACUAUCGCUUCCCCACGGGUGCGGCUGCGGUGCGCCUCCCCGGUCCCGAUUGGAACCUCCGCCCAUGGCAGAUGGGCACCGCGAUCAAGAACCUCUUCCCGUCCAGUCUUGGGGUGGAAACGCAUGAGGCGACACUGGCGCGGACGCGGUGGCGGUUUUGCGGUGUAGCAAACCAUGUGCUCACAAAGGAGGUGCGGGGCGACGACGACUCGGACGGAGUGUGGUACGGCGAAGUACGCGACCUGGUUGACGAGAGCAUCAAGGCUGGUAUUGCCCGUGACCUGCCUGCCAGAGGGCUCAAUGACGAGUUUGUGAAGCAAGUGCUAGAGAGGAUCGAGUAUGGACGGGCAGUGGAAUGCGCGGCAUGUGGGCGCGACGUUGACGAACACGUCGUCACGAGCAUGGACGGCCUGAGCUUGUUGUAG